UCUUCCUUGCCAUCCAUACAUCGCAAAAACGCCCCCAUGAAAUCUCCGACCAGGCAUCAUAUUCUUCUCUUCUUCUUCUUUAUCAAUUAUCUUAGAUUCACAAAUGCCAAAAAUAUCUUCCUUAAUUGUGGUUCCCCUAGUAACUCGAUUGGCCUUGAUGGCCAUGAAUGGACCAGUGACUCUAGCACUGGUUCAAAAUUUAUUGCAUCAGAGCAAUCAAAUGACACAUCUAUUGUCUCAAAACCCAUUUCCUUACAGCCCUCUAUUGAUCCAAUUCCCUAUAUGACUGCUCGAAUUUUUCGGUCUCCAUUCACUUACUCUUUUCCGGUUAGUCCAGGCCAAAAAUUUGUGCGCUUAUAUUUUAAUCCUAGUUCUUACCAAGGUUUUCAAAUGUCUACAGCUUCCUUCACUGUUUCUGCUGGGUCAUUCACUCUUCUUAGCCACUUUAGUCCUUCUCUGGCUGCUGAUUCUUUAGGAUUGAAAACUCUGGUGAAAGAAUUCUGUUUAAACAUAGAAGAAAGCCAGGUUUUAGAUAUAACGUUUACUCCUUCUUCGACUCCUUUGGGUGCUUAUGCUUUCAUAAAUGGGAUUGCGAUUGUCUCUAUGCCCACUAAUCUUUAUUACACAGGCUCAAGACCUAGACGCAUACAUGGUUCUGGCUUGCGAAAUCGUUUUGCUGUUGAAAACAAUACAGCCCUUGAAAUGAUUCUCAGGCUAAACGUUGGUGGGAGUUCUAUUUCACCAGCAAAUGACUCAGGCUUGUAUCGGGAAUGGUUAGAGGACCAGGCCUAUUUUCGAGGUUCAGGUGAUUGGCUUCUCAAUACAACUAUUAGAAUCAAAUACUUCAAAAUUGCACCUUACGUAGCACCUGCAGAGGUCUAUCAAACAGCCCGGUCUACAAAAAGAUGGAAGAGUCUUUUCUGGAAUUUGAGAGUUGAUUCAGGGUUUACAUACCUGGUAAGACUUCACUUAUGUGAGCUUCAGCCAGAGGUGACAAAGCGUGGAAGCAGGAAGGUCCUUGUUAGAAUUGGAAAUGGAAAGACUGAGGCUAAGGCAGAUGAGAUCACUUGGGGUGGGGGCACAGGAAUUGCUGUAUACAGAGACUAUGUUGUCAAGAUGCCAAAUGAAGGAAAUGCUGGUAAGACUGAUCUUGUCAUAACUUUGGGAAACAACACCAAGUUACGAGCUCUAAACUCUGAUCCUGUCCUAAAUGGUUUGGAAGUGUUCAAACUCAGUGACUUUCAAGGCAAUCUCGCUGGACCAAAUCCUGUUUCCAAGAUUCCACCAAUCCCAAGUCCACGAGCCAACAAGCCUCAGGACAGAAAAUUGGCAUUCAUCAUUGGUGGGGCGACGCUGGCUGCUUUCACUGUAAUCUUGCCAAUUGGUCUCACUAUUUUCUGUCUUUUGAGGAGAGGGAAAAGCAACGGGAAGGACAAGUCAGUGGUAACGAGUGAACUUUGCAGACGUUUCACAUUUGAAGAGCUCCAAAAUGCCACCAACAGCUUUGAUAGAGCUCUAGUUAUUGGCAGUGGUGGUUUUGGUAGAGUUUUCAAAGGUUGCAUAGACGGUGAAAUUCCAGUUGCUAUAAAGGCCCUGAAGCCAACGUCAACUCAAGGUUCCAAGGAGUUUGAGGCAGAGAUUAAAAUGCUAUCCGAUCUCCGGCACCCGCAUCUUGUGUCGCUGAUAGGUUUCUGUGAUGAAGGGGUCAAGAUCCUUGUUUACGACUACAUGCCACGGGGAACCCUCCGGGAUCAUCUCUACAGCACAGAGGGUCCUCCAUUAUCAUGGAUACAAAGGCUUGAAAUCUGCAUUGGUGUUGCCCGUGGCCUAAAAUACCUCCAUGACGAAAACCCCACCAUCAUCCACAGGGAUAUCAAGCCAAGCAACAUUCUCUUAGACGAGAACUGGGUUGCCAAGGUCUCAGAUUUUGGUCUAUCCAGAUUUGGCCCAACGAGCUUAUCGCGCAGCCAUGUCACAACUGGUGUUAAGGGUACCUUUGGAUAUUUGGACCCUGAUUAUUUUCAAACUUACCACCUAUCAGUGAAAUCCGAUGUGUAUAGCUUUGGGGUAGUUUUAUUUGAGAUGUUAUGUGCUCGACCAGCAGUGGAUUCGAGGCUAGAUGAUGAACAGCAAAGCCUGGCAGAGUGGGUUCGACAACGCAUUAAAGCUUGCAAGCUUAAACAGAUUAUUGAUCCCAAUCUAAAAGGUCAGAUUGCUCCAGGCUGCUUGAAAGCGUAUGUGAGUAUUGCUUUAAAGUGCCUUAACGAUGAUAGGCAUAAACGGCCUACAAUGGCUGCUGUGUUAAGUAAACUUAAGAAUGCUUUAAAGUUACAAGAGUGCACUGAUGCUGCUUUGAAUGAUGAAGAAACCAUUAACAGCAAUGACAUGGAGAUUGUUUUAAGACCAAGCAACAAUUCCAAGGUGGUGCAUUCUUGUCCAACAUUUUGGAACAAAAGAAUUUCUCACAAGGAAUUAUUCAGGUUUCUCAGUGACAAGGCAGGAUUGAAAUGGGGUAGACCACCUGCCCUGUGUCGUCUCCAGGCCUCGUAUUGUACUGUUCCAUCUUAUGGUGCCUUGCCACGCGAUGGUCAAAAGAGCAACUCGAGUGAUUGUGGGGUGUAUGGGACAUCAGGGAGGGUUAUGGUUCCAAUUUUAUGGGACGAUGAUGAUAUUUUCAAUUUAUGAGUAUAUAAGAAGUAGAUUUUAUUUCGUUCA